CCAAUAUGACCGGAGAAGCCUGGCUAUUCAUUCUUGCAGUUAUUGUCAAUGCUGCCAACUUGUUCUUCCAAGUGUUCUUCACCAUCAUGUACUCCGAUCUUGAGUGCGAUUACAUCAACCCAAUUGAGUUGUGCAACAAGUUGAACUACUACAUCCUCCCAGAAGCCGCUUUGCACGGGAUCAUCACUGUUUUGUUCUUGAUUAACGGGUACUGGUUCACUUUCUUGUUGAACUUGCCUUUGGCCGCCUACAACGUCAACAAGGUUAUCAAGAAGAACCACUUGUUGGAUGCCACCGAGAUUUUCAGAACCUUGUCUAAGCACAAGAAGGAGAGUUUCGUCAAGUUGGCCUUCCACUUGGUCUUGUUCUUCUUCUACUUGUACAGAAUGAUUGUCGCCUUGGUUGCCGAUGCCUAAAUCUGAGCCGCUAGCCGUCGGAGAGGGUGUUUGCUUUGCAGCUGACGGGCGCACCAGACAAAUAAGCUAUGGACAGAUCACGGAAGAUAGUCUUCUUUCCUCAGGGCGAAUCUAAAACAUUCCCCACUGGUUUUAUGCCAUUUCUUUUACUCAAACACCAAACAGGAAACACAUUGGAUGUGCCUUCAACAGUAUCUCAACAUACUUUAAUUUCUUCCUUUAUCUUAUACUUCCAAUAAAUCCAUACAUUGUAU